GCUUCGUCCAGGAUUUUUGUUCUCGUUUCGUUCAUUUUUUUUUUCGUUAUCAGUGUGAGUUUCGUUUUAGUUCGGAUUAUUUUUAUUAUUAAACAAAAUAUAAGACUCUACGGACUAAAAGUUGCACUUCCGAGGAGACGAUAAAAUAAUUAAAUGAUAAUGUCGCAGUUGAAGAAAGUGCUCCGUGAACGAAUCAAGACGGCGUUGAGUGGCAUGACAAAGGAGCAACGGGAAAUUCAAUCUGCUUGUGUAGCGGAAAAGUUAUUCAAGCUGCCUGUGUAUCAAAAGGCGCAACGAGUGAGUGUGUAUCUCAGUACGGAACGAGAACUCGACACAAUGACAAUCAUCAAAGAUUUAUUUCGACAGGGGAAGGAGAUAUUUGUGCCGACUUAUCGUAAAAACGAUAUGGAAAUGGUGCAACUUUACAGUCUCGAGGAUUACGAUAGCUUGCCGCUGACAAAGUGGCACAUCAAACAGCCAAAUUUCGAGGAAAAUCGUCCGAAUGCCAUGACGAAGGGACUUGACUUGAUAAUUUUGCCGGGUGUGGCAUUCACGAGAUGUGGCAAUCGAUUGGGACAUGGGAUGGGAUAUUAUGACAAAUUUUUGAAGAAAUUUUUUGAGCAACACGACAAAACGAAGACAGCAUUGAUUGGCGUGGCGUUUAAGGAGCAAAUUGUGGAAAUGGGGGAUUUGCCGAUGGAAGCACACGAUGAAAAGUUGGAUCAAGUACUGACAAGUGAUUGAUUGUUGUUGCGCUUUGACGAUUCCAGUGGGAGAAAAUUUGUGUUUUUUUAAAGGAAAGACAAUAAAACAGCAAGUUUUAUACUUAUUGACGAUUUUA